AUGGCUGGAUUAACAGACACCAUUCGCGCAAUUGUGUCAAGCCUUAGAACCAACGAAAUCAGGUCCUCGCGCGCUUUCCGUCUCUUAUCCGUGCUACAGACCGGCGCCGCGAAUUGCACCUUUACUUUUGCUCCCGUUCUCGGUCUGGGAACUUUUAUUAUCUUGGCAAAUGCCAAUAAUACAGAGACCCUGACAGAAGGUGUUGCAUUUGCAGUUUUGAGUCUGUUCCAGUUGCAAGAUAGGCCUGUGAUGUCCUUGCUACAUGGGUUCGAGGACUUUCAAACCAUCUUCAAUGCAUUCUAUCGCGUGCAAGCCUACAUCUUGUCCGCUGAGAGAGAAGAUUGUCGAGUCACUCUUCGACUGUCACGCCCGUCAACCGAUGAAAACUCGCAGCCAACAUCGGACCUAGUGGUGCCUGUAAAUGGUAUUGUGACAGAGCCUGGAAGCCCCAAGACUUCCACUCGCAUUGCUGCAGGUAGUGUUGUUAGCUUGAGGGAUGUCGCAGCGGGAUAUUCUGAAAAAAUGAUCGUCAAGGACAUAAACCUCGAAAUCGCUCGUGGCAAGACAACCAUGAUAGUUGGACCUGUUGGCGCUGGUAAAUCGACGCUAUUGCGACUCAUUCUCGGCGAAUUGCCCAAGGUUUCGGGCUCUGUUGUCUCACAAUAUUCCAAAUGUGCAUUUGCCCCCCAGUCACCAUGGAUCACCUGGGGUACCAUACAGAGCAACAUAUUGGGAAUGUCGGCAUGGAAUCCGGAGUGGUAUAAUACAGUCGUUCGUGCGUGCUCGCUAGAUACUGACUUUGAAGACCUGCCAGACGGAGACCAAACAAAAACCGGCACACGAGGCUCACGUCUCAGCGGCGGCCAGCAGAUGCGUGUGUCGCUCGCUCGUGCUUUAUAUUCCAGGAACCCACUCGUCAUACUAGAUGAUGUGCUCACUGGACUUGACCGUAAGACCGAAGCCAGCGUUUUAGAGGCUGUCUUCGAUGCUGGCGGUAUUCUCGAGAAGGCCGAAUCAACUGUUGUUCUCGCCACCAAUUCAGCCGGUCAUCUUCGUUUUGCCGACCACAUUGUAGUCCUCAACAAGGAAGGCAAUAUUGCCGAGCAAGGUACUCUUGACCAGGUUUCUACGUCCGGUGGCUAUGUGCAGCGAUUGGCAAGCCUGCCUGCCGCCGAGACGUCGCGACAGGACGUGUUGGAGUUGCCAGAAGAAGUUUACCAGGAGCUUGGUCUCUCCAACGAAGACGACGAGCUUGGUUCUGCGCGUCAGACCAGCGACUUGCAGGUUUAUACUUACUACAUAAAAGUGGCCGGUGCAUGGACUUUUUCAAUUUACUUACUAAUCUGCGCGGCCUACACAUUCGGGCUCAGCUUCCCUUCAAUAUGGCUACAGUGGUGGACCGACUCCAACGCAAAGUACCCCAAUGAGAAUAUUGGCUACUGGUUGGGUGUUUAUUUCGGCCUCGCCGCUCUGGCGGUAGUAGGCUGCAUGGGAUCUGACUGGGCUUUCCGUAUGAUGUUGGUUCCAAAAACGUCACGCAAAUUCCACCAACUUUUGCUCGACACUACAGUGCGGUUCAGUCAGGACCUGCAGCUCAUCGACAGCGAUCUUCCACAAUCUCUGGAUGAGACCGUCAUGAAUUUUCUUGGCGUUGUCGUCUCAGCCGUGCUGGUGUUCACCGGCUCGGGUUACGUUGCUGCUGCGAUUCCCGUUUGCACAGCCCUCAUUUUCCUUAUUCAAAUGUUCUAUCUACGUACUUCGCGCCAGCUGCGAUUGCUUGAUAUCGAAGCCAAGGCCCCCUUGUUUUCCCACUUCAUUGAAACUCUAGGAGGCCUUACUUGCAUACGUGCAUAUGGAUGGUCCGCAGAGUACACAGAACGAAGCUAUGACGCUCUUGACACCUCUCAAAAGCCAUAUUACCUACUGUGGUGCAUUCAGAGGUGGCUAACCCUUGUUUUGGAUCUUCUGGCCGGCGGCAUCGCCGUCAUGCUGGUUGCAUGUGCAACAAUGGUUCGCAACGGAUCAACUGGCCUGCUGGGCGUAGCGCUUUUCAACGUCAUCAAUUUCAGCGGCGUUCUUCAGAGCUUUGUCACGCAAUGGACACAAUUGGAGACGGGCCUUGGUGCCAUCGGCCGUAUAAAAGCCUUCGUCCAGGAUACAAAACUGGAGGAUUUGGGUGGAGAGGUGGACGACUUGCCAGAUGACUGGCCGUCGGCCGGUUCCAUCGUUUUUGAAGGCGUUUCGGCCUCGUACGACGCGUCUGCUAAGCCUGUUGUAGAUGGACUUGAUCUAGCCGUUAAACCAGGAGAAAAGAUUGCCCUAUGCGGGCGAACAGGAAGUGGCAAAUCAUCACUUCUCUUGACAAUUCUUCGCAUGCUCGAGCUAGACGCGGGCAGCAUAACCAUUGACGGGUACAACAUUAGCAAGGUAUCGCGUGAGGAAUUGCGCAGGCGUCUGAACACAUUGCCCCAAGAACCCUUUUUCCUGCACGGAAGUGUGCGUGAGAAUGUUGACCCUCUACAAAUAUCUACAGACGAGCGCAUCAUUGAAAAGCUGCGCGCGGUUCAGCUCUGGGAUCUGCUACAAAGCCGCGGUGGACUUGACGCCCCAAUGAGCGAGGAUUCUCUGUCUCAUGGUCAGCGACAGCUGUUCUGCCUCGCCCGUGCGAUUGCGCGCCCGGGUAACAUUGUCAUUAUUGACGAAGCAACCAGCAGUGUCGAUUCAGAAACGGACGAACUCAUGCAGCGGAUACUGGGGGAGGAGCUUGAGAAGCGCACCCUCGUAGCCGUUGCCCACAAGCUACACACCGUGCUGGACUUUGAUCGAAUCGUGCUCAUCGACAAGGGGAAAGUAGUUGAGUCCGGGAACCCCCAAGACCUCCUGGCCAACCCAACGUCGGCAUUCUACAAGCUUUACACCAGUGCAGCCGGCACUGCCGAGUGA